AUGUCACAAGCUAAUGAUGCAUAUACAGCAAGUACUGGGUUAUUGAAUCUAAUUACUACAAGUCUCUUUAAUGGUGCAGCAGAAGGUACUGGAGCUGUUAAAUUGGUUUCUUUGGCAAGAAAUUUAUUUGGUCAAAAUAUACCACCCGCAGUUGUUGCUUAUGUGGUUUCUAUUCAAAAUAAUUUAUUUGGUAGCUAUCCCAAUAGUGAUGAUUUAGCUCCAUCAAUUGCAUUUGCUGCUAUAUUUGGAAUUUUAAUGAUUAUACAUGUUAUAAUAUUUGCAAUAAAUACAAGUAGAGGACAUUAUUUUUAUAUUUCAUUAGUUUGGAUUGUUUAUUGUAUUAUGAAAGUUAUUGGAUUUGCUUUAAGAGCGGAUUGGGCAAAAGAUAUAACUCAAAUUAAUAAAGGUUUAGCUGGUGAAGUUUUUUUAAUUGUACCUGUUAUAAUUAUUGUUUCAGCAAAUUUAAUUCUUGCCCAAAGAUUAUUCACCUGGAGACAUCCAGUUGGUGGUUCACGUAAAUUAUUCUGGGCAUUUAUGAUUAUUUUAUAUGCAUUUGUUGUGAUUUUAAUUGCAGUUACUAUAUUAGCUUCAUUUGUUCCUUAUUUAAAUUAUUUAAGUUGGCAAUCAUAUAGAAAUUGGAUUAAAACUGUUCAAUUUACUGCAAUUAUGGUUAUCGUUUAUAGUUUAACUAGUGUUGCUUUAAUUGGUUUAUCAUUUUGGUUACCAACUUCCAAGGAUGAAAAAUUGUAUACUUAUCAACCAUGGUGGAUUGAAUCAUUUGCCCCAUUUUAUUUUGUUAAAAAAAAUGCCGCUCAAGAGGCUGAACAAACAUUUAUGAAGAGAAAUUCAAAUCAUAGACAUGCUACAAGAGUUAUUGCUGCUACUCAUCAUCAUUAUCAUUCAGUUAAAGGUUUAAAUAAUAAAAGAGGUGAUUUGACACAUUCAGUUUCAAUGGGUUUGUUAAUUAUUACAACUUUAUUAAUUUUAAUUGCUGCUAUUGGUAGAUGUAUUGUUGUAUUUCAAGCAAGACAAGAUAGAUAUAGAGGUGGAGCUGCAAAUAAAUAUUUUAUGUAUGUUGUUUGGGGAGUUUUUGAAGCUAUUAUAAAUAUUUUAUAUAUUGUUGGUAGAGUUGAUUUAAGAUUUUAUAGACCAGAUGUAUUACCAGAAGCUGUUAGAGCAAUUAUUACUGCUGAACAAACAUAUUAUCCAAGUUCAGAUGAAGAAGAAGAUGGUUUCCAUAGAGAUCGUCCAGAAACUUAUGCAAAAUUACAAGAAAGAUUAGCAAUGGAACAAAAAUAUAAUCAACAACAUCAUGAUGAAGAAAGUGCUUUUGAUGAUGAUCAUACUGAUGAUUAUGAUGAUAUUAAUUCUGAAGAAUGGGAUUUUGGUGCUCCAAAGGAAAAGAUUUCAACAUCAUCAGAUGAGCAAAUACCUUUUAAUAAUAAUGAAAAGAAAGAUCAAAAGACUAAAUUACCUUAUCCAACUUCACAUGAUAAAGAUUUACAUUUUAAUGACGCAGAAUCAGAAUUUAAUUUUUAA